GUUUUGUUUCGGAGCUGGCUGAGCGAUGUGAACUGUAUCGUCUCCGGGACGGGUUGAUAUUUUUCUGUAGUCGUCUUCACGGUUCUUCUUGUACUCUUCUCUCGGUAAGGUUCCGCUGUUCGUCGGCAUCGUGUCUGUCCCGGUGUCUCUCCCGGGAAGCGCGAGCCUGAGUCGUGCGAUGAUGGAGGACUUUGAUGAGAUCUACGAGGAGGAGGAGGAGGAAGAGGAGGACGAGGACAGGGCCGCGGAGGAGCAGCUCCUCAAGUACGCUCCGGACCCGGUGGUGGUGCGAGGGUCCGGCCACGUCACUGUGUUUGGGCUGAGUAACAAAUUCGAGUCAGAAUUUCCUUCAGCACUUACAGGAAAGGUGGCACCAGAGGAAUUCAAAGCCAGUAUCAACCGUGUAAACAGCUGCCUGAGGAAGACUCUGCCAGUGAAUGUGAGGUGGCUCCUGUGUGGCUGCCUCUGCUGCUGUUGCACACUGGGCUUCAGUUUGUGGCCUGUCAUCUGCCUCAGCAAGAGGACAAGAAGAUCUAUAGAGAAACUUCUGGAGUGGGAGAACAGCAGACUUUACCACAAGUUGUGUUUGCAUUGGAGGCUGAGCAAAAGGAAGUGUGAAACUAACAACAUGAUGGAAUAUGUAAUCUUAAUAGAGUUCUUACCUAAGAUCCCCAUCUUCAGACCGGACUAGCCUGACUGCGGCAGAUCUCAGACCUCCACUGCUGCCCAGCUCUGCCACAGAACCACAAUGGCUGAAUAAAUACCCCAAUAUUUUUGUUUACAGGGUAGCAUCAAUCCUCCUGUCUGUCUAUUUGACCCGCUCUCCCACACAUACCUUCUCUUCACCCUUGUUUACAAAUCCAGCAUCCCAACACUUGUUUUUUUGGAGUGAAUUCACCAUUGAACUAUAACCUAUGGGGCAAGCUGGCACACUGUUGAGCCACGCUAACCGGCACCAGCCUGUGGAAUGUCAGAGUGAACCAGCCAUGGGCAGCACUAUGGAUUUUGGAGCUACAGCUGGAGACUGGACUCUCAAACUGAGUUCUCUGAGCUACGACUGGAAUUUUGUCACUUGUAUUUUCCCUAACCUAAGCACAUGGCACAGUCAGACCAUGAUAAAAGAAACACUUUAACAUGUUACCUAGUGUCACACCGCCAACUUCACCUGCAAAAAAUACACCCCAGUGCUUUUGUAACAGUUGGUUUGGUGCUCUAGAUCGUCACCAGAGGCUGUGAAGGCAACAGAACAUGGAACUUCAAAGGAAACUUUAUCCAAAUCAACUCUGUAGCAGACAGACUAGUCUUACAGGAGCAUGCUGGGCCAGUGGCCAGAACAGCUGAACUCAAUAAUGUCACUCUUCUUAUCAAAUACCAGACAUCCUCUCGCCUCCUUUCAUAUCUCUGCACACUCCACUCUGCGUCACCCCUAACCCAGUGACAAUCACACAUUCUGACUGUACUCUCCAUAGUAUGAUUGGGUCUUCAUGCUGCACAGUUUACCUGGAACAAUUUGUCUUCAACAUUUUGUUAGUCCAGGUGAUGGGCUGGCUGCCAAGCAACUGCUUCUGAAUCGCAGUGGAACAAGUAAGCUGAAAAGAAAGCCACUAGUGAUGAAGAGAAGGAACCUUUUUUUCUUUCUUUUUUUCAAGUUUUGUUUACUAUUUUGGUGAAAGAAAAGCAGUUAAUGCUUGCAAAAUGUUUCACUGUUUGUGUGUGUGUGUGUGUGUGUGUGUGUGUCUUUCUGAGAGAGAGAGAGAACAAAAGCAAAAAAGACAAAUCAGACAUGAAGUGAUACUCUUUACUCUGUCAUGCAGGGUUCUGUCUUUGACACAUUUCUUUGCCAUAACCAAUCUUUGUUACUUUUGUUGUAAUAAUUUAUAAAUGGUUGAGUGCGCAUGAAAUCUGUGCAUUCGUGAAAUAGGCCUCAGUUGGUAUUUUUGUUUCUUGGUGGGUUGUUUUUUUUUUUUUUUUUUGCAAAGUUAUGUCAUGGUUAUUUCCCAUUGUUUUUAUGGUCAUGUGUCAACACUAAAGCACACAAUCGCUUUGUCCUUAACACCUUCACAUGGCCUCUCUUCCUUAUCUGCUGACCUUGGCUUACUUAAAUGAGUGCUCAAGUUAAGGAUGUGGUUCUUCUGAGAAUAUUCCUCUGUUUUAGAUAUAAUCUGACUCCUUGCUUUCAGAGGUCUGGGGUGACCAAGAGUAUUAGGUCCUCUUUAUUAGGUGUUAGGUAAUACCAGAGUUUGGUAUCAUGAGACAGCAUCAUUGAAGUUAGCCUGAUAACUUUACUGAGUAAAACCAGAGUGUUCCCACACCAGGAACGCAGACUUAACGCUGCAUUAAUCAGUAUUUUUAUAUUAACAAUGGAAAAAUAACUGCAAUGUGAAAGGGGUUACUUACAAUAAUGUGUCUUCAGAGAAUUAGCACUUGACUCUGCAGUUCCCCUCAGCUCUACAGGGUGUUUUAGUGUCUUUCAGCUUGUUUUAAUUUUCUGGCCUGCAUCCAGCAACAGCAGGCAGAUGUUUUCAGAGAAAAGGCUCUGUUAAAAACUCAAUGUACUCUAUCUGCUCAGCACAGACAGACAGACAGACACAGAGCAACCAGCUGGUGAACAUAGUGGAGCAUUUAGCAGCUAAAGAGCCAGGUAAUUCGCACGAGAGUUAAGAGAAAUGAAUGAAAGAACUUCAGGGUGAGCGAAUCUUAACCUUGUAUUCAUCAGGUAACUGGAAACACAACUCCAAAUUAAAGCUGCAAGCAGCGAUGAAUGGGCCCUCGCACCUUUGCGUAUGUCAAGGGUAGAGGUGGCACACCGUUGAUGCUGCUGUUUAUUUCUGUGAAAGUCAGACACUGCACGCAGGAGUCGUAUUUCCUAAGUGGACAUGACCUAUUGCAAAUUUUGUACCACUUCUUGUGACAACUAUGUGGUGCAGGAGAAGACACACAGCUGUAUAUCUAUUGUAGACCACACAUGUAAAUUUCAUGUAAAUGAAAAUUGUCACACAAUGCUUACUUUUUGUUGUCGGUAGGUGGCACAAUAACUAUGACAUCUUAUUGACAUGUUGAUGUCGUCAGGCCUGAUGAAACAUGAGAUGUGGUUCAGAUUGGACAAUGUACACUGAAGUUAAAACAACCUUUUUUAUGGCGAAUAAUACGUUGUCAUGUUCAAUGAAAACUCACAAUCUCCACAAGAUGGCAUCAUCAAAGUCUUAAGGCUCAUCUGACCCCACUUGAGGCUGACGUGGUUAACCCGAUAGAAGUACAUCAGAGUAUGAAACGUCAUUUUCUGCUGCCUGUAGGUGGCGCUAUAACAAUAACUCAGUAUUGGCAUGUCUAUUUCCUGAGGCUGGGACUGUUGUCAAGCAUGGCAAAUUUUGGGCAGAUUUGACAAAGUGUGCAUAAGGUAAAACAACUUCCUGUUUUAUGGUGAAACAUGCAAAAUGGCUGCCACAACACAGCAACACUUUUCAUUGAAAACUCCCUUCUUUUUUUUCUUUUUUUUUUUUUUUUUCCAGAAAGCAUCAUCAAGGUCUUUCAAAACAAAUUUGAGGUGGAUCUGGUCAACAUGCUAGGAAGAAUACGUAAAAGUAUUGUACAUGUUAUUUCCUGUUGCUAGUCAGUGACACCAUGACUGUAACUACAUGUUGGUAUGUAGUUGUCUUCAGGCCGUGACUUUUAUCAAACAUAAAGUUAGGGGCAGAUUAGACCAUCUACACAGGAGUGACAAACCACUUACUUUUCCGUAGCUGAACAUUGAAAAUUGAUGCCUCUUUAAAGUCACAUGGUUUGACUAAAACUCAAGCUUUUUACAAGUUCUUAUGUAACGGGUCUUUUGACAGAGCAGACAAAAUUUAGUCAGUUGGACUAUAAUUCUAGGAAUAACCAAAAAAAAAUGCACAAAACUAGCAUAUUAACUUCAAAGUGACAGACUUCCUGCUGAGUCCAGUAUGGCUUCAAGGCUUUUUUUUUUUUUUUUUGUAAAGAUUAUUUCAGGGGCUUUUUGGCUUUAAAUGACAGGAUAGUCAGAAUCGCGAAAGGGGGAAAGACUUUUUUUGUAUCAAUUUUCGUACAUGUAGGCGAAACGUUGUAUCAUAUUUUAUCAUACCCGAUAACGAAACCCAUAAAAUAUCAAAAUUUUCACCGGUUCUGAUGUGUCUGCAAAGAGCACCUCUAGCCCCUCAAAAAUCUGAUUCAUCUGCAUAAAUAACCCCUCCUGUUUCAAUAGGGUCCUCGCAACGUUCGGUGCCUGGGCCCUUGGAAUGCUAGUGUUGCUCAGUGUCUUCUGGAUGUGCAAAAAGGCAACUGCAAACAGAUUGUUCCUUUGUUCAGUUAUCUAGCUAUCUAACAAGGCAUAAGACUAUUUUUUAAAACUGUCAACAUGUUGUAAGUCACAUGAUGACUUGAUAGACAUGAUACAACCACUUGCCAGCACAAAGACGAUGGUAUAGAUUUAGCUUUGUCCGCUCAGUACACCUUAUGAUUUAUGAAAUCAUCCAGAGACUGAGAUCAAACAAAGUCAUUUUAUUUCAGCUCCAGUGAUUGUACGGGUCGUACUCAGGGGAUUAUACUUCAAACAAACUAAAUGUAGAAUUGGAAAUGUCCCAAAGUUACACCAGAGGGUUAGGUGUACUAUAGAUCAAUUGUAAAAUGAUGCUUUUGGAGUUUGUUUUGAAAUUGAAAAUUGCCCUUCCUGUUAAGAUGGUAAAGGAAGCACAUAUCCCAUGGACCCACAAAGCUCAGACGUUGUGUUGGUUUAUAUGUUUAAAGACCCAAAGUCACUUGAUUAUCACUGGGUUGCCUAUUGGUUCAUCAGUCACUUUUCUAUAUUUUUGAUUGUGGUCUGUUCUGUGUAAGUCGAGGCAUAAGGCCAUAUGCAGAUAUUUGUGGUGUGGGUGCGUGUGUGUGUGUGUGUGUGUGUGUGUGUGUAUGUGCACGGUGUAUGCAAAUGCAAAUGUUCUUCGUAGAUCUCAGACUGAUUGAACCCUGCACAGAAAAUGAGUCCUUUUUUAUAUAAUCUUGGGUGGUCUGCGUGUGUGUGUGUGUGUGUGUACAAGGGAGAGAAAGAUAUAUGUACAUAUGACUCAUGAGCAGAUGUACAGUAAUAAACUACCAAUAAACAAGGCUAUGGGCAUCCU